AUGCCCGAGUUCGCGUAUGGCUCUGGGCCACCGAAGCCAGUACCUCCAAUGAAACCGGAACAACUGGCCGAAGGUAUCACUCUCGUUCGACCAUUAUCAAGGAAAGGCGUAGGGCCUGGAAUGAUCGUCCUUGCACCGAAUGACGACUCUGCAACUCCCGUAGAGAUCGAAGACGGCAUUCCGUCGCUACGGAUGAAAUGGGCGGAGGAGGGCUAUUGCGUGGUCGAGAUCCGUUCUCACGCUUCAUCUUCUGCGUUGAAGACUGCUGUGGCCAAGUUGAGCGAGUGCGCCGAGUGCGAGCCGAAAGAGAAGAUGGGACUGAUCUGUACGAGAACCUGGUGAUGUAUGCUGAGACGCUUCGCUGACUAGUCCGUCAGGCUACGAUGCCCACAUGUGGCAAGAAGCGAUCCCAGAAGUGGAAAUGCUCAAAGACCGUAUCGUGGUCGCUGGGCUCUAUGCUGAGGCCUCGCAACACUCUGCACUGAGCGCGCAAGUGUCCGUCCCAACUAUCUACCAUCUUACUGGAGCAACAGAAACCAGAUUACAAAAGCAGCCCGGCUCAAAGGUCUACGAAUACGGCGGCUCUCGUAAUUGCACUUUCCCCGUGCCCUUCCACAAGGAUUUCCAUUACGCCACAGAAGCGGUCUCGCAUAGCCGGAAUUUAGCAUUCUUCAAGCCCAUUAUGGGCGGACCUUACUUCGAUCUAGAACUGGUGAGUCUCUUGGGUGAGGAAUCUCAGUGCCGCUGCUGAUAAUCUGUCGAAGCUCUGGGAAGAGCACACAUAUUACGAAUUCGAGGCUCGCGAUGUCGAAAACACCAUGAUGACCAUGGUCCAAGAGCCUUAUGUCAACCACGUCCCAACAGUAAGCCAUCUUCAUCCGUCUAAGCAUCUCCAAAUCAACAUACUGACAAUCCAUCCUUCUAGAUCACAGGCGGCAUCGGCCGCGAAAACCUCACAAACUUCUACCGCGACCACUUCGUCUUCAGCAAUCCCAAAGACACCGAACUCGAACUCAUCUCCCGCACGACAGGUAUCGAUCGCGUCGUGGACGAGUUCAUCUACAAAUUCACCCACGACAUGACGAUCGACUGGCUCUUUCCCGGCGUUCCCCCGACGUACAAAUACGUCGAGAUCCCGAUGAUGGCCGUCGUUAAUAUCCGUGGGGAUAGGCUUUAUCAUGAGCAUAUUACUUGGGACUCUGCGACUGCGUUGAAGCAGAUUGGUGCGUUGCCGGAGAAGGUUGAGUUGGUGGUCGAGGAGAAGAGGAAUGGGUAUGUGAAUGGAGAUGGUGAUGGUGAUGGAGGGGUGAGGAAGUUUGAGAUCAGUCUGCCUACGACGGGAACGGCGACGGUGGCGAAGAUGAGGGACAAGAAUUCCGUGGAGAGUAAUGAGAUGUUUCAAUUCAAAGCGAGGGAGGUGUAG